CAUCGACGUAAUAAAUCUUCUCAGUUGCUACCACUAUGUGGCAAGUUAUAGGCAUGUGGUCAAUGGUGCUGUUGGUAUCAUUAUGUGGUUUAGCCCAAGGAUUAUAUCGCGUGGACCCUCUUGUGUCCACAAAGAAAGGCCUUAUCCGAGGUCUUCAGUCUAAUGAGGGGUAUGCCGAGUUCUUGGGUAUUCCUUAUGCGGUGGUAGAUAAAAGUAAUCCGUUUGGGCCAUCAGUCCCACAUCCCGGCUUCGAUGACAUCUUCGAAGCAUACGAGACAAACAUGUGUCCUCAAGUGUACAAUGAUUUAGCGUUUGGAACAAUCGAUUGCCUCACUAUGAACAUCUAUGUACCAAGUGCUGCUACUACUCAAAACCUAUUACCAGUAAUAGUUUCAAUACAUGGAGGAGCUUUUGUUAAUGGUGGCGCUGAAACUGAAGGACAUCCUCGUUUUCUACUGAAACAUGAUGUAAUCGUAGUAAAGAUAAAUUAUAGACUUGGUGCAUAUGGUUUCAUGUGUCUGGACAUCCCAGAAGUUCCAGGAAAUCAAGGACUUAAAGAUCAAGUGUUGGCUCUGAGGUGGAUCAAUGACAAUAUUGAAGCAUUCGGAGGCGACGCUGGACAAAUUACUGUAGUCGGGGAAAGCGCUGGUGGAAUGUCUGUUAACUUUCAUCUGUUGUCUUCAUAUGAGAGUUUGUUCCAAAGAGCCAUAAUCCAGAGUGGACCAGCUUCUAGUCCUGGGUUGAUAAUAGAUUCAAACAAAACUGUGCCAAUAGAAUUGGCUAAAGCUUUAGACUAUGAAACUGAAGAUAUACUUGAAGCUCUGAAGUAUCUGGCGUCGGUGGAUGUUCAUACAUUGGUUAAAGUAGCUCACGAAUUAAAUAUAACUAGUUUAACUGAAACCAAUUUUCCCAGUACUGUGCCUUGUAUUGAGAAGGCAAUCGAAGGAAUCAAACCAUUCAUGACAAACUACCCAAUGAAUAUAAAUUCCCCAAAAGUCCGCAAUACUCCGGUUAUCAUUGGACACGCAAGCAACGAAAUGCCUUUCCUGUAUGGACUUGCUGACUCGGAUUUUUUCUCAAACUAUGAUUUUAGUUUCAUUUCUAACGCUUUUGAUUUAGGGUAUGAUUGGGAGGAUGCUAGAGGUAUAAAUGAUGUGAAGCACUUUUAUAUCGGAGAUGAGCAACUUAACGAAAAUGUAGCAAAUGAAAUUACUGAUUUUGCUUCAGACUUUAUAUUUAAACACCCGACGCAAAGAAUGGCAGACAGACUCUUAGACAUUGGCGCUAAAUCAAUCUAUCGAUACGUUUUCUCAUACAGUGGUGGCCGAAAUUGGCUUAAAGUUCUGUAUAACUUGAAUUCUACGGGAGCCAUUCACGGGGAUGAGCUUGGAUAUAUUUUUGAUCAAGAAAUAUUUAGCAAAGUGGUUACUCCCGAAGACCAGCUAAUGAUAGACAGAAUCACGACGCUUUGGAUCAACUUCGUUAAGUAUGGGGAUCCAACACCGACUACGUCGGAGCUGCUUCCAGUGAAGUGGCAACCUAUUACAAAGACCAGCCAGCCUUAUUUGAACCUCAACUCAGACCUCACUUUUGAAGCCAGACCUUUCCACGCCAGGAUGGCGUUCUGGGAUCUCUUCUAUAAACUCUACAGAAAUCAGCAUAAAUAUGAAGUUUCUAAAAAAUAAGAAGUGUUUGUGACAGAAAUUACUUAUUUUAUUAUUUAUUUUUAUUGC